AUGGCAAAGUUUCAGCAUGCUCUACAAGAUGCAAAGCACAUAACAGAGCGCAUAAAUGAUGCACCAAAAAUAACUAUUGAAAAUUUCAUCGGAUAUAUCUCGGUGCCAGUUGGACUAGCUGGUCCUCUGUCGAUAAAAAACUCCGAUGGCACCAGUACCGCAACCUAUGCUCCAAUCGCUACUACUGAGUCUGCCAUCAUUGCAAGCUGCAGCAGAGGCUGCAAGGUUCUAAAUGAAUCUGGCGGAGGGCAGUUUCACGUUCUGGGGGAAGCGAUGUCUCGCAGUCCAGUGUUUCGAUUCAAUUGUACCCAAGACGCGAUUGAUUUUACCCAUCGCGUGGAAGAUCUCUGGGAUCCCAUCGUUAAGGCCGCAGAAUCCACGAGCCGCUACGCCCGUCUUCUGAAAAUGACCCCUCAUGUUAUCGGCUCCAAUGUGCACUUGCAGUUUGACUACACAUGUGGGGAUGCAGCAGGCCAAAAUAUGGUCACGAUUGCUACUCAGAGUGUCUGUGAUUGGCUUCUUGCUUCCACAAAAGAUCUAGAGCUGAAGAUCACGGGUUUCCUAAUUGAAGGCAACAUGGCGCCGGACAAAAAGCCAUCAUGGGGAACUGUCAGCUCGACCAGAGGUGUUGGGGUCAUCACAUGGACCUCUCUCUCUGAUACGGUAUGCCGUGCCGUUCUCAGGUGCACGACCGAGAGCCUGUACCACACUUUCUGCACAAUGCGAGAAGGAGGAAUUCGAAAUGGUCAAUUCGGCUCCAAUAUCAACGUGGCCAAUGUGGUCACAGGUAUCUUCAUCGCGACUGGUCAGGAUGUCUCAGCAGUUGCCGAAGGACCUUGGGGACAUUUGACCCCAGAGUAUGAUCAUGAGUCUCGUCAGCUGAAAUUGACCCUCUAUUUCCCAUCUCUACCCGUUGGCACUGUUGGAGGUGGCACCGGAUAUGAAACACAGCGAGAAGCCCUUGGUAUUAUGGGAUGCAGUGGCCCUGGUAUGAAAUUCCGUUUAGCGGGUCUGAUUGCCGCCUUUGCUCUCGCACUUGAAAUCAGUACUGGAGCGGCCGGAGCAAACAAUACUUUCACCAAAAGUCAUGAGCGACUCGCGCGUGUAAAGCAAGGGAAUGACAGUAAGCUGUGA